GCAUAUUGGCUUGAGAAAGGAAUAUAUAAUCCUUCUUCCUUUUGGAAUAAUGUUUGAUAAUUUUUAUUUCAAUGAUCUACAAAUUACACUUGCAACCCUUCUAGUUUUUUCUCUAUCAAUCAUUCUAUGGACAAGAAAUUGGAAAAGUACAAAACUACCCCCAAAAAUUCCGGGAUCAUGGCCAAUCAUAGGCCAUCUUCGUGGCUUUGGCGAUGGAGAAAAUGUCCCUCUAGCGCGAACAUUUGGAAAAUUGUCUGAUCAGUAUGGUUCGAUUUUCACUAUCAAGUUAGGUAUGUAUCGAUAUUGUGUUAUUAAUAAUUGGGAAGCAGCGAAAGAUUGCUUCACAAUUAAUGAUAAAGAACUCGCUGCUAGACCAAUUAGUCUAGCAGCCGAACAUUAUGGUUAUAAUUACGCGAGAUUCUCUUUCGCUAAUUAUGGUCCAUAUUACUGUCAAGUACGAAAACUCGUGCUACAAAAUGUUCUUUCUAGUACUAGACUCGAAAAAGUCAAACAUGUCCGAAUUUCCGAGGUGGAAAUUAGCAUCAAAGAGUUGUAUAAUUUAUGUGGUAAAGGUGAAAAUUCAAACACGAUUAACAUUAGUAAAUGGUUCGAAAAAUUAACUCUGAAUAUAAUCGUGAAGAUGAUUGCUGGUAAGAGAUACAUAUCUUUAGAAAAAGACGAAGAGGCACAAUGUUUUAGAAGGGCUUUUGCUAAGAUUAUGUAUCUUGCUGGGGAAUUUAUUUUAUACGACGCGAUUCCAUUCAAAAUUUUCAAAUAUGUGGAUUUCCAAGGGCAUAUUAAGACCAUGAAGCAAAUUUACAAGGACUUGGAUGAUAUUCUUCAAAGUUGGGUUAAUGAACAUAUGGAGAAAAAGAAAAUUGAAGGUGAUAAUAAUAAUGAACAAGAUUGUAUAGAUUCAAUGCUUUCAGUGACAAAACUUGAGGAUUUCAAAGCCUAUGGUUAUACAAGAGAUACAGUUAUUAAGGCUAUAGUAUUGAGUAUGAUAUUAGAUGGUUCAGACACAACUGCGGUUCACCUAACAUGGCUCAUGUCCUUAUUAUUGAACAAUCCUCACGUCAUGAAUAAUGCUCAAAAAGAAAUCGACAAUAAAGUCGGUAAAGAUAGAUGGAUUGAAGAAUCGGACAUCAAAGAUCUUGUCUAUCUCCAGGCUAUUGUUAAAGAAACGUUACGUUUAUAUCCACCAGCACCUUUGUUAGUUCCACACGAAGCUGUGGAAGAUUGUAUCGUGGCGGGGUACAACAUCCCAAAGGGUACUCGUUUGUUCGCGAACGCAUGGAAAAUACAACGAGACCCUCGAGUUUAUUCAGAACCUGAUAAAUUCAUCCCAGAGAGAUUCUUAAACGAACAUUCAAAUGUAGAUGCUCGUGGUCAACAUUUUGAGUUCAUCCCGUUUGGCUCUGGAAGACGAUCUUGUCCCGGAAUUAAUUUCGCGACGCAAGUGGCGCACCUCACGAUUGGUCGAUUAAUUCAAGGAUUUAACUUUGGUACACCAUCAAAUUUGCCUGUGGAUAUGACUGAAGGUCAAGGGAUUACUAUGCCUAAAGCAAAACCUGUGGAAGUUGUAAUCACCCCACGUUUGAAUUCUAUGCUUUAUGAACUUUAGUGUAAAAAAAAUCGACUUUCGGAGAUCGAUUUUUUUAUCUAUUUAUUGCUAGGUCGAUUUUCACUGUUUUUUAAGUUUUGGCAAAAUAAAUUCCAGCUGGAUCUUUUGGCAAA